AUGGUAGUGCCUUUCUUCCUCGAAUCCACGCUCUUCAGAUCUCCUUUGUCGAUUCUCAUGGACCUUCCUCUACUGGCGGUGACAUCAGGUGGCAACGGCAGCCAGGAAUGGAAAUAUCUAAAGUCAUUAAGUGUGGAUGUCACAUUCCGGGAUCGGCUCCGUGUAGCACGAUAUUGUCCACUUUGGGCCCCCUUCUGCCCUCACGGUUUGUUUUUGGGAACUCACGAGCAACUUCCCAAUGGGUCACCCAUCUUGAAAUUGCUCUGGCCCCAACUCGCUUAA